UAUGCAAUAAGCAAUCCCCAGUUUAACUCCUGAAAUCAAAUAUAGACUUGAAGAAUAGGGAUUUUAACCAUUUAAAUAUAGACCAUUACCUGAUUAUGCAAAUCCUCAUACUCUCUCAUGUAAAUAUAUCAUUUUUAAUAAGAUUGGUUGACAAAUGCUGGCCUUGGUGCUCUCUGUCUAAUUGGAAGACAUUAUGCUUGUUAAUAAUAAUCAAUCAGAAUAUUAUGGUCAACUGCUGCUAUAGCAAUUCCUCUUUAUGCCAUUGCAACUAAUGCAAAAUUAGAUGGCUUAAGAUAAAAUAAUUUUUAUAGGUUUUAUAAAUCAUUCAUUUAUUAGAAAAACUUUAGAUGAUAGACUUGAAUUACAUCCAUUAACUAGAAGAGCUUGGGAAAGAGCUAAGGAAACUAAUAAAGGAUAUUAAGAUUAAUUAAGGGAACAAAUAGCUACUUUAGAAGCAGAAUUGAGAAAAUGAU